ACGGAGAACUCCAUGUCAUCCACUAAAGGACACCAGGAUGUGAUGGACUGCCCACGUUUUACCUUCAACCCAAAGGAGGGGAUUGAUAAUCCAGCUCUGAUGAUUUCUGAUGAUUUAGAGCCUGACCUGCGCAUGGUACCCCGCCUCUGUCAGCUGAAGCGUGUGGAGGGUCAGAGCUUUGGCUUUCACUUACACAUGGAACAGAACAACCAUGGCAUCGUAAUUAGAGAAGUGGAACCUUGGAGUCCUGCAGAGCGCAGUGGGCUCAGAGGCGGAGAGCGACUGCUGGAGGUCAACGAGACAUAUGUGGGCAACAUGGACUUUCUCAAGGUUGUCCGUAAGAUCCAGUCAUGUGGCUUAGACUUGUUUCUUCUGGUGCUACAGAGGGAAGAGUAUGAGCAGGCAGUGGUCAUGGACUUAGACCUACAACAGCUGGCCAAAGCCACCAAAGGAGACAGGUGGACUCGCCCAAGACUGUGUCACAUCACCAGACAUCCAGACCAUGGACUGGGGAUGACCAUCAUACCAAUUACUGAAGGUCAGAGGGGUCGAUACAUGGUGAACACGGUAUCUGAUGGUCCAGCAGAGAAAGCUGGUGUCCACUUUGGAGACAUUUUGAUCUGGAUCAAUGGAGUCUCUGUGUCAGGACUCACAACCACCAAUCUGAACAGAAUUAUAAAGAAGAGUGGGAACUCAGUGACAGUGCUGGUAAUUGACAGUGACAGUGAGUCCUGUUAUCUCAGGCGGAGGAUUCCCAUCCUUCCUACACUGGCAGAAAGUAACAACCUUCCCUACUAUGCUAAGAACUUACAUUUGUUGAAAAGACCCGAUGGAUUUGGUUUUUUGCUAAGACAAGAGAGAGUGGAACCCCCACGAAAGAUAGCUCAUGUACUGAGGGAAGUGGAUGUGGGGAGUGCAGCAGAGGAAGCAGGUAUGGAGGACGGCGAACUGCUGCUGGCUGUAAAUGGUGACCCUGUUGAGUCCUUGGAACACGAGGAAAUUGUCAGACUGAUAAGAAACAGUGGCGACAAAGUCACACUAACAUCUAUGUCUGUACAAGGAAGAAAAUAUUACAGAGAUUUAGGAGUGCCUCCUCUCUUGUUCCAUGAAGAGUAUUCUCUCAACGGCCACAACACAACGAGCAGUCAGGAUGAACGGGAUACAGUCCACCUGAAUCAAUCUGGAAACAGAAUCCCAAAGCUAUCAGAGAGAACAAAGGAUGUUUUUCUGUGAUGAGAAAGACGUGACCAAAGGCGAUCAGCAGUUGGAGGAGGAACCUGGACGGGUCAGCAGAAGUCAAUGUGUCAGGAUGUAAAUGUAAUGUUUGGAAUUCGCCUGUUCAGGAAAAGGUGUUAAAAGAAUCAUUGCAGUACAGUCGUCUUGUUUAGUAGCAUAUGUCUACAUUGUUUUCCAAUAUCAUAUUCAGUAGGAAAAUAUAUUAUGCAGAAAAAUAAUCAAGGCCGAUGUCAAUUCUCAUUAUAUACUGCAUUUGAAUGAACAGAUCAACGACCUUUUAAACAUCUGAACAAAUAUCUAGGUUGGUUCCUACAGUGCUGGAAUUAGAUAAUCUCUUUAAAAUGUUAAAAUGUGUUGGGUUUUUUUCUUUGUUUUCAAUGAUUUUAACAAUACAAAAACCCAGAAGGGUUUCUUUUAAACACUAGAUAAAAUUGACAUUAAAACUGUAAUGGUGCAUGUGUGUGUAUAUGAACUUGGGGAAACCAGAAGUUUUUCUUAUUAUUGUGGCAUGUGGCAAAUAGAAAUAUGUUUCUAUUUGCAAAAUUAGCCAAACCAAAACAAGAGGAGUUUGGUUGGAUUUAACUACAAACUGAGAAAAAAGGACCAUGUGUCUUUCUGUUUGGUGUCUAUAAACUUCUGGUUUCAAGAACGUAAUAAAGAACGUUGUUAAAAAGUCAUAUUUAUUGCCAGUAUUUCCCAGAUGAAAAUGUUUCUGUAAAUAUAACUUUCUAAACAGUUUUUAGAUGCAUUAUUUAAUGAACUGCAAAUUGUA